AUUUCUAACUUAAAGUGGGUCCUCAUUAAGGCUUUGAGCCAGACUAUUAUAUAUGCACCAACAUGUGAGCUUGCCACAGGAAAAGAAAAUUAUCAGCAUGAGUACACCAACUUAAGACCCAAGAACCUCUCUCUCUCUCUCUCUCUGUUUACACGAUCAAAAUUUAUAUAGCGAAAAGAACUUACCAUCGGACUUCUCUGGUUCUCCAAUUCAGAAAUGAAGAUAUCCAAGCUCAGAGUUCUUCCAUUGAUGACAGUUCUGUUUCUCUGCCAUGCAUUUGUUGAGGCAGAAGACAUGAACAACCAGCAGAAGAAAAAGAUAUUCAUCAUUCACAUGGACAAGUCAAAUAUGCCAGCAAGUUUUGAUGAUCACCUCCAGUGGUAUGACUCAUCUUUGAAGUCAGUAUCAGACUCUGCAAACAUGCUCUACAUCUACAACAAUGUCAUCCAUGGCUACUCUGUGCAACUAACAGCUGAGGAAGCUGGCUUCCUCAAAGAGCAACCAGGAAUUCUGUUAGUCCAGGAAGACAUAAAAUAUGAACUCCACACCACCAGAUCACCAGAGUUCCUGGGACUCCUCAACAGUGAUGCAUACUUACCUGAGUCUAGCACCCCUAGUGAAGUAAUAAUUGGUGUGGUAGACACUGGAGUUUGGCCUGAAGCAAGCAGCUUUGAUGACAAGGGACUAGGCCCACUCCCCAAUGGGUGGAAGGGUGAGUGUGAAGUCGGCAGAACCUUUAACUCAUCAAGUUGCAACCGCAAACUCAUUGGCGCAAGGUUUUUCUCAGAAGGUUAUGAAGCCGCUUUCGGGCCAAUUGAUGAAACAGCAGAAUCAAAGUCCCCAAGGGAUGACGACGGCCAUGGAACACACACAUCAACCACAGCAGCUGGAUCAACUGUUGUUGGAGCAAGUCUCUUUGGUUAUGCUGCAGGUACAGCUCGUGGGAUGGCCAGACAUGCCAGGGUGGCAGCAUACAAGGUGUGCUGGCUUGGAGGAUGUCUCGGCAGCGACAUACUAGCAGGGAUGGAGAAGGCAAUAGAUCCAGGAAGCUUGUCCAAUGUUGCACCAUGGAUAACCACAGUCGGAGCCGGCACAAUGGAUCGUCAGUUUCCAGCAUAUGUUACUCUUGGAAAUGGAAAGAAAUUAACUGGGGCAUCAGUCUACAGUGGGAAAUCCUUAGCUGGCUCCUUAAUGCCACUGGUGUAUGCUCGUAAUGUUAGUAGUACAUCCAAUGGCAAUCUAUGCACGAAAGGAAGUCUAAUUCCAGAAAAAGUUAAGGGGAAGAUAGUGGUUUGUGACCGAGGGAUGAAUCCAAGGGCACAAAAAAGUUUAGAAGUAAAAGAUGCAGGUGGCAUUGGGAUGGUUCUUUCAAACACUGAUGCCUUUGGAGAAGAACUGGUUGCUGAUGCCCAUUUUAUACCUACAGCAGCUGUGGGUCAGAUUGCAGGUGAUGAGAUAAAAAAGUACAUACUUUCUGAACCUAAUCCAAGUGCAACAAUUGCAUCCGCAGGCACCCAACUUGGUGUUCAACCAUCCCCUGUGGUAGCAGCAUUCAGUUCCAGAGGUCCAAACCCAAUCACGCCAGACAUACUCAAGCCUGAUUUAAUAGCACCAGGUGUUAAUAUACUUGCCGGUUGGACAGGAAAAGUUGGUCCUACAGGGUUGCCUGAAGACACCCGUCAUGUGGACUUCAACAUAAUUUCUGGUACUUCCAUGUCAUGCCCACAUGUGAGUGGUUUGGCUGCACUAGUUAAAGCUGCACAUCCAGAAUGGAGCCCUGCAGCUAUAAGAUCAGCACUAAUGACAACAGCUUACAGUAAAUACAAGAAUGGAGAAAGAAUUCAAGAUGUUGCAACUGGAAUGGCAUCAACACCAUUUGAUCACGGUGCUGGACAUGUGGACCCUGUAUCAGCUCUUGACCCUGGCCUAGUGUAUGAUAUCACAGUUGAAGACUAUUUAAACUUCCUUUGUGCCAUAAAAUAUAGCUCAAGUAUGAUCAAGAUCAUCACAAAGCAAGAUUAUUCCUGCAAGGUGGAUAAGGAAUACAGCGUAGCAGGUCUUAACUAUCCAUCUUUUGCUGUUCCCCUGCAGACAGCCUCAGGCCCAAAUGGUGGUAGCAGUGCACCAACAACAGUCAAGUAUACAAGGACCCUAACAAAUGUGGGCAAUCCAGCAACUUACAAGGUCACAAUCUCUCAGGAGACAGAGGCAGUCAAGAUUCUGGUUCUUCCAGAGGUGCUCGAUUUCAGCAAUCCAAAUGAGAAGAAGACUUACACAGUGAAAUUCACUGCAAGGUCCAUGCCCUCAGGCACGACCAGCUACGCUCAUUUGGAAUGGUCAGAUGGAAAGCACAUAGUUGGUAGCCCAAUUGUAUUUAGUUGGACAUAGAAUAAUUUGGUAGUAUACUAAUAAUUGUAAGAAAUGCACCCUACACUCUGAAAUGCACAUGUUAUCCCCAUAAUAUCCAGGCACUAAAUCUCCAAGGAGCUGAAACAUUCCCCAACCGUGUCUCUACAUCCGCAAAACAGGGUGAACCCGCUGGUUUAUGAGCUUUGAUAGAAGUCAAAGUAGUCCAGAAAGAAACAGAACUAAAACCAAUACCCUAAAGACGGACCAGAACUCGAUGACGAGACAGUGUUCCUCAUACAUUUCUUGAUAUUUAGUGCUCUUCUUUUGUUUAUAUUUUUGCUGAAACAGAAAUUGAUGUAUAUAUUCAAGAAAUAAUCAAGGUUCUGAAAA